AUGUCGUCGGACGGCGUGCUCAACCGAAGGCGGUGGAAACUCGAAUUCUCAAGACAAAGAUGCACAUCGGAGGUCGAGUUCUCGAGGCGGAAGACCGACGGCUUAACGCGAGCGUCGUUGGUGAAGGUGUUGUUGGAGAGGCAGACGGUCCCUGACUCCGACGCCGGUAACAACUGUAUCAUCGGUGAAGGAAGUGCAAAGUUGGAGCAAUUUACAAGCACAGUUGAAAACGGCGAGAUCAGCCGAUCUAGACCGCCUCCAACCCUACGAAUCUCCCAACCCAGGUCCUCCAUCUCCGACGUCGUCUCCCUCGCCGGCGAAACCGAGGCCGAAGCUGAUCGGGCUAUCUCGCUCGACCCAAAGAAAAACACACCAAAAUAA